AUGGUUGCCGUAGUUACUACUGACCCGACUCCCUGCUCCGCUGCGCCGGCGAGCAGUCCUACCAAGCCUGGCUCGUCAACAGUGGUUGGAGCGGAGACUUUGGCCACGAGCACGGGUGCAGGCGCGAGUCCGACGUGUGCGGGGAAAGUCGCAGACGCGUCGCUGGCGGCUUUCGGCCGAGCCGAGAUUGAGUUGGCCGAGCACGAGAUGCCGGGGCUGAUGGCGUUGCGCGCGCAGUAUGGUACGACGCAACCGCUGGCGGGUGCGCAGAUAUCGGGGAGUUUGCACAUGACGGUACAGACGGCCGUGUUAAUUGAGACGUUGGCUGCGUUGGGUGCUGCGGUUCGUUGGUGUUCGUGUAACAUCUUCUCUACCCAAGACCACGCAGCGGCGGCUGUCCAGGAGGGUGGAAAGGCAGCAGUGUUCGCUUGGAAGGGUGAGACGCAGUCGGAGUACUGGUGGUGCACGGCGCAGGCGUUGGACUGGGGAGUGGCGGCAGAUGGUAGUGUAAUGGGGCCUACACUGGUAGUGGACGACGGGAGCGACAUGACGCUGCUGAUUCACGAGGGGGUGCAGGCUGAGCUUGACUUCGAACGCACGGGUGUCAGAUUGGAUCCGAGCACAGCGGAGUCGGAAGAUGAACGGGGGUUACGUGCACUUAUCGCCAGCACACUCGAGAGUCAACCGACACGUUGGCGCACCAUAGCCAAUCGGCUCAAGGGUGUGAGCGAAGAGACAACCACCGGGGUCCACCGAUUGGCGGAGAUGGCUAAGGCGGGCAAGCUGCUCUUCCCCGCCAUCAAUGUCAAUGACAGCGUAACCAAGUCCAAGUUCGACAACAUAUACGGCUGUCGCCACUCGCUACCAGAUGGCAUCAUGCGGGCGACUGACGUCAUGAUCGGAGGCAAAAAGGCACUGGUGUGCGGCUUCGGUGACGUAGGUAAGGGUUGCGCUCAGGCCCUCAAGGGCUGCGGCGCACGUGUUUUUGUCACGGAAGUGGACCCCAUCUGUGCUCUGCAAGCCUGCAUGGAGGGUUACCAAGUGGUACGAUUGGAAGACGUCGUGGAAGAAAUGGACCUAUUUGUCACAUGCACCGGUAACCGUGACAUCGUCACAGGCGAGAUGAUGGCUCGGAUGAAGCACAACGCUAUUGUUGGCAACAUCGGGCACUUCGACAACGAAAUCCAGGUGGCCGCACUCGAGAAAAUGGGAGCCCAAAAAAUCAACCUCAAACCGCAAGUUGACCGGUGGGUGUUCCCCCAUGGCCGACAAAUCAUCCUAUUAGCUGAAGGCAGAUUACUCAACCUUGGCUGCGCCACCGGACACCCGUCAUUCGUCAUGUCUUGCAGUUUCACCAACCAAGUACUCGCUCAAUUGGAACUCUGGCAACAUCACGACGAAUACAAAAACAAGGUUUACGUACUUCCUAAACACCUAGAUGAAACUGUGGCUCGUCUGCAUUUACCCAGCCUCGGCGCACACCUUACCACACUCACCGAACAGCAAGCAAAAUACAUCGGCGUACCAACCGACGGACCUUACAAACCCGACACCUAUAGAUACUGA